UUAACUACGCUUUAACCCAAGAUAAUUCUGUAUAAAAAAAAUAUUAUCAGGUUGGACUACAAAGGGUUAAUGAAACAGUUUUCAUCAAUUUUAAUAGAAAAGUAUAAUCGAUGAUUGACCGAUUGAAGCCACAUUAUCGCGUUCAAAGCAAUCCGACAAUAUUAAACGCUAUCGACCGACGGAUCCUUUGAUUGCAGCCGCUACGACUGCUCGCCAUUUAAGUAAUAAGGUCAAUGAAUUUUCUUCUUUUGCUCCGCGGGAAGUCAGACGCGCAUAAACUUUCAUCCGAGACGGUCAUCUUCAGCUCGAGCCUUAAUUUCAAAGAAUUAAGAUGUCAGGGAGAGCCGGACUGCAUCAUACUGUUCAUUUUUUUAAUAAUCAUGGAAAAAUUUGCGCGAUUUUAAUUCACAGACUUAUUCAAGACAACUUACCCUAUAUUUGAAUUCUUAUUUUAAUGUUAUUUAAUAUAAUAUUAAUCAAUUAUCAGAUAUAUCGAUAACAAUAGAUUUUGUUCGUUUCGGUUUCAACAUCAACCCCGUUUGGCAUUUUCUUUCGAUCCCUAAGCAUCCGUGUUCUAAUUGUAGUCGGGUCUAGCAGCCGGUGACCCAGUAUGUUAAUACUUUCUCUUUCGUUAAGUAUUCUUUUGUUCUCGGUUCCAAUGCACCUGUAUUGUUCCUUGGUCACACAGCUGUUCCGUGACAAUGUGAUAACGGGUCACGAAGGUAAUGACCCCGUUUUUUAUUCUCUUCCUUCGUUCGCUUCGAGCUGUUCGUUGAAUAGAACCGAAGGUAUCUACCAAGUAUUUUUACGACAGCUUCCAAUAACGCGUUCCCAACAGACGAGCAUUCUUUGGCGUAGAUACACACCCUUGUCUGGACGGAACAGCUACAGGACCGUCAAGAUUCUUCUUUGAAAACAAAAAUGAUAUGUGAGUAAAUAGACUAUAACGGAGAGAAUCUUUGUUGAAGAGUACAUAAAGGCUCUCCAUUGCUGAUAAGGAAUUGUCAAGUGGAUGAAACUGAAGAUGUUGAAAAUUUACCAUGGAUGGUAUUGAAAGGAACAUUGCAAUAAUACUAUAGUUAAUCCUGGAAAUGAAGAUUUUUAUUGCGAUACGAGAAGCGUCACUCUUCAUCCUGUUUAUUUCUCGGGUCGACGGAUCUUUGGCUCGUUUUUUUCUACAUGGUUCAGUUUACAAUUGUUGAAGAAAUUGAAAUAAGGAAAGAAGCAUGUAAUAACAGUUGUGGCUACGCGAGAACAGUGUCCCAUAGAAGGCGCUCGUAAAAACAUUAAAGUGGACAGAUACAAAGCGGCCAAUUAUACACCGACGGUUUCCUUGAAACUGCAAGCCGCAAAAAGGCCCUUACACUAGAAGCACUGAGUUCUAAACAGCAAUCACGCUUCAUAACGUUUUACUUGAAUGCACAGUUUUCUGCGAUAUGCAUAUACCGAGUAAGCAAAACAUCAGUGUAAACAAACGAAGAUCAUGUACGGUAGAUCGAGAAAGAAUCAGGAGAGCUCGACGCGCGAAGCAGCGUCCAAAGCGUGCAAGGAAAGUGGAGUAGAGACACUCGGUCGAGGAAAAGCUCUUUCGCACUGCCGAACGAAGCGCGUACGCUCGAUCUCCAGGCUAUCGAGCGCUCAGAACGGCGUGGAGGAGUUCCAGUAGUAGCUGAGCCGCCGCGACGAGACGAGAACGCAGCGGCGGCGUACCUCUGCGCCUCUUCCUUACUUCGCCGCCGCCGUUGCCUUCGUUCACCGCACUCGCAGUUUCUGUGCCGGUCGAAACGGUCCCGAGGCUGGUCCCAGCUUCUUCAAUCGCGUGUGUACUCUGAAACUGUAAAGAGGAUUUCGGGGGAUAGAGAUUCUUAACGUGCUGCCAAAUUCCAUAUUCUCCGACACCCUAUAUAAUCACGAACGAUCGACCCUGCAGACGAGAUUCCGGCUCGGGGACAGCAAACUGCAAGCAGCAACCUCGCAGGAGCCGCUGUUGGAUCCGAAGAAGUGAAAGUACCGCGUGUCCAAAGAGAACCAGACGGAAGAAGCGUUUAUCUCGAUGACCAGAACCACGUGCUAGUUCGAGUAGCGUGAUUAAUGUUGAUGUGAAAGGUCAUAGACUGGAUCAGAGACAAUGAGGCUGCAAUUGAUCGUUGUAUCUUUGAUCCUGGUGAUCCUGCGAGUGUCCUGGGCGGUUCAGUCGCAGAAUGGGAGGACCGAGUGCCCCCAUAAGUGCAUGUGCUUCGGGAGUACCGUGCGGUGCAUGUUUCAGAAGCUUAACCGUGUACCACGGGUACCAACCAACACCACGGUCCUGGACCUACGGUUCAACAACAUAGCCGAACUACGUCCAGGCUCGUUUUACAAUCUCCCAGAAUUACACACUCUGUUGCUUAACGACAAUCGCAUCAGACAUCUGCCUCCCAGGAUCUUUGAGGGUGCACCCAAGCUGAGGAUCCUCUACCUGUACAAGAAUCGUCUUGAAAGAAUUUCACCAGGUGCAUUCGCUGGUCUGCCGAAAUUAGAACAACUAUACUUGCACUACAACCACCUAAGAGAGAUCAAGAAAGGAACGUUCAAUGAUCUGCCCUCGUUGGAGAGGCUGUUUCUGCACAGCAACAUGCUGCAUCAUAUUCCCGCCGACGCGUUCCAUAAUGUGGGACCCAUGACGCGGCUCCGUCUCGACAGCAAUGCUCUCGUUUGCGACUGUAACUUGGUUUGGCUAUUGCACAGACUUCAGAGCAAAUCCUCGGAGAUGGCAGCCAUUUGCCAGGCACCCGUUGAGAUGAAGGGACGCUCCCUGACCACCAUGUCCCCCGAUGACUUUCAUUGCACCAAACCACGCAUCAUGAACGGUCCUGAGGACGUGGAGGUCAGACUAGGCGGCACCAUCACCUUCGCCUGUGAGGUGAUAGGCGACCCAGCUCCAGAAAUCAAAUGGAUGCGAGAUUCUAACGAGGUAUCACCCGACGGGAAUCGCUACGUGAUCCAGGGAGAUGGAACAUUGAUAAUCUCAGAUGCGACCGAGCGAGACAACGGCGAAUACGAAUGCGUGGCUAGAAGCGAAAUGGGCUAUACUAAAUCGAGAAAGGCUAGAGCUAUCAUAACGGUAUCACCGUCGUUAAGAUUCACCCAGUUACCCGAAUCUCAAACUGUUCAAGUUGGAACAGACGUCUACUUCAAGUGCAGAGUCGAGGGACAGCCCACGCCAGAAAUUCAAUGGUGGCGAAAUGGUCAGACGUUGAAUGUAGGUGGUCGUAUCUCUAUUGAAGACGACGGUAAUUUGUUGAGAAUCAUUGCCGUGAAGGAGUCUGACUCGGCUAGAUACGUUUGUCAAGCGAGGAACUCAAAUGGUGAGGCUGAAACUAGCGCGGAUUUGAGAGUGGUUGAUACCUCUUACAGUCCACCUAGGAUGACAUACGAGCCUCACGACAUGGAGGCGGAACCCGGUGCCAUUAUCGAGGUGCCCUGUAGGGUUGAAGGUGUUCCGAAACCAGUAAUACAAUGGAAGAAGGAUGGAACAGCCGUGGAAGGGGAGAGAGUACGAAUAUCCCGUGGGGGAAGCUUGUACCUUUAUAAUGUUACUGCCGCGGACACUGGCAGAUACGAAUGCUCGGCAAUGAACCAAUAUGGGCGUGCAACUGCUCAAGCGUUGGUGCGCGUUCGCCAGCCUGAAGCGACAGAUGUACUGGUGAUAAGAGCGUUCAAGGAUGCCACCGAGGAGAUUGAUCGUGCCAUAAAUAAUACGUUGAUAAGUCUCUUCACAGGUGACAGCUCGCGAGUGAAUCCAUUCAGACUCGCGCGUUUCCCAGACGCCGUUGGUCGCGCCGCGGCUAGGCCAGCGGAGGUGUUUGAGAGAACGCUUGUUAAUAUAAGGCGUAUGAUAAACGCUGGUAUCAGCGCGAAUACCACUAAUGAAUUUCGGUAUGAACAAGUCUUGACAGCGGAACAGGUCAGAGAAAUUGAGAGACUAUCAGGAUGUACUGGACACAGGCACAAGCAGAACUGCACGAACAUGUGCUACCAUACCAAAUACCGUAGCAUAGAUGGUAGCUGUAAUAACUUAAGACACCCCACCUGGGGAUCCUCUUAUACCGGUUUCCGUAGAGUUCUGCAACCAAUUUAUGAAAACGGAUUUUCAUCUCCAGUGGGAUGGGAGAAAGGACGUCGUUAUUACGGCUACCCAAAACCAGCCGCACGACUGAUCUCUACCACCCUAGUAGCUACCCAUAACGUGACCUCCGACGAGAGGAUCACCCACAUGGUGAUGCAAUGGGGACAGUUCUUGGAUCAUGAUUUAGAUCAUUCUCUGCCAUCGGUCUCCAGCGAGUCUUGGGAUGGUAUAGACUGCAAGAAAUCUUGCGACAACGCAGCGCCCUGUUUUCCUAUGGAUGUUCCUCCAGGUGAUCCUAGAGUGACCAACAGAAGAUGCAUCGACUUCAUAAGAACCAGCGCAGUCUGUGGUUCUGGUGCAACUAGUCUAUUGUGGGGCAGUUUCACUCCACGCGAACAACUGAAUCAAUUGACCAGUUACUUGGAUGCUUCUCAGGUAUAUGGUUAUGACGAUGCUCUAGCCAAAGAUUUGCGCGACUUCACCACGGAUCAUGGUUUAUUAAGAGAAGGUCCUACUAUUCCUGGUCACAAACCGCUUCUUCCAUACGCUAACGGUCAGUUCGUUGACUGUAGAAGGAAUCCUCUGGAAAGCUCCAUCAACUGUUUCGUAGCUGGUGACAUUCGAGCCAACGAGCAGGUGGGUCUCCUGGCGAUGCACACGAUAUGGUUACGAGAGCACAACCGUAUCGCUCGCAGCCUGCGGGAGAUGAACCCUCACUGGAACGGAGAGAAGCUGUACCAGGAAGCUAGAAAGAUCGUUGGAGCCGAGAUGCAACACGUCACUUAUCAGCACUGGAUACCUCACGUAUUCGACGGAACCGCGGAGGAGCUUCUCGGUCCCUACCGAGGUUACGACCCCAAUUUGGACGCCAGUAUUUCCAACGUAUUUGCCACUGCGGCUCUGAGGUUCGGUCACACGUUGAUCCAACCUCGUCUGCAGCGUCUUAACUCAUCUUUCCAGUCUAUACCUCAAGGCCCCCUGAAACUACGAGACGCCUUUUUUUCACCGUGGAGAUUAGUCGAAGAGGGUGGCGUUGAUCCUCUGAUGAGAGGGAUGUUCGGCACAGCGGCUAAAUUAAAAUUACCCGAGGAGAACUUGAACACAGAAUUGACCGAGCAGCUGUUCCAUACUGCUCAUGCGGUAGCUUUGGACUUAGCUGCUAUGAAUAUUCAACGUGGCAGGGAUCAUGCGUUGCCAGGAUACCUGGAAUGGCGACGAAUCUGUAACAUGUCGCAUGUAGAGACCUUCGAAGAUCUGGCCGGUGAAAUACACAGCGCCAGAGUCAGACAGAAGCUAAGAGAAUUGUACGGUCAUCCUGGGAACAUAGACGUCUGGGUCGGUGGAGUUUUAGAGGAUCAACUACCAAACGCCAAAGUGGGUCCUCUUUUCAAGUGUCUUCUGUUGGAACAAUUCAGACGCACCAGGAACGGCGACAGGUUUUGGUACGAAAGUCCCACUGUCUUUAAACCUGACCAAUUUGCCCAGAUAAAACAAACGAGCUUAGCUAGAAUCCUAUGCGAUAACGGAGAUAAUAUCGACAGAAUACAACCGAAUGUAUUCGUGCUGCCAGAAGGUGACAACAAAUUCGUCAGUUGCGAUGAAAUACCGUACGUGGAUCUGAGAGUUUGGUCCGAUUGUUGCGACGGUUGCGAGGAACAGGGUAACACGAUCUCGCGAUUCAGACGCAGCGCAGCCAAAUACUUGCCAGCACAAAAUAACUUUGUUUCGAAAGAUAUAGGUAGGCACGAUCAAACUGAAAGGAUUAAGUAUCUGGAAAUAACGAUCCAGGAAACUGAGCAGGAAUGCAAGAGAGUUAAGGACCUUGCCGAGUCUCUAUCUGAUAGAAUAGAAGAUUUAAAGAGCCUCUUAGAGGAUGUAAAAAAGUUACAGUAACAGAAUGCUUUGUUAACUUUACACAUUUAUUAAUUUGUACAUACACCACGGAUCGUAAAAGGAUCGAGUGGAAGAUUGAUUCUUUAUUGUCCUCUUUCAAACUCGAUUUGCCUAUUUAGGUGUCUGUUAUUAUCUCUAGUCUUGUAUGCGAUAUCUUAGACACCCUACCAAGGAAAGUAAGUACAUAGUGCCCCAUCUUACUCGUUUUCGGUUUUUACCAUUUUUAUUUUUUACUUUGAACAUUCUUUUACCGCAGAAAAUGACGCUUCGCUUUCGUAGCAUAAUGAGUAAGUAUAUUUUAACAUAUGUAUAAAAUUAUUUAUGUAAUCGACUUCAUUAAAACACGAAUGUAUAAUGCACAAUUUAAAUUUAAUAUUUUGUGGUUAAUGAAUUCUACAUAUUAUUCGCUGCUUUCAGAAAUUUGAAAUUAUUUUUUAUAUAAUAUGUUUUUCCUCAUUAGCAGUACAAGAUACAUAUCACUUUAGUUGUAUCUAUUAAUUAUUAACAAUGUAAAAAUCUGAUUUCUAAAUAGGUUCUAUGUCCAGUUUGAGCAGUGAGAUUCUUUUUGUUAAAGAAAAUAAUAAAUAUGUGUGUUAAUAAGUCCAAUUUUGGUAUCACUGUUAUAUUAAAGAACAGUAUGUACAUCUUUUAUAAUAUUGUGCCAUUAAAUAUUAUAAGUAUUUGUAAUGUAUACCUGUAGUAGUACAUGUAUAUGUAGGCCCCUUGAAAUUCUUUCAGAAAAUUGUAGAAAUAAUGUACACCAUAUUAAUAUGUUUAACAAAAAAUUAUAUUCAUCUUAAUAACAACAUAAAUAUUACACACCCA